CAUACUCAAACGUCAAUCACAAACAUCAGGAAGCAAUUUCCGACCAUCAUCAUAAUAAAACUCCCAAAUGAGUCAUUCAAGGAUCAUUCCAGUGCUAGUUCAUUACUCACGAGACUGCUGUAUGCUUGAAUGAGAAAGUAGAGGGGAUUGAUUCUGUGGGUUCACAGAGCUGUACUGCCGAUGGCGUCAGAGGCGCUAAACAAGGGGGGAGUUCUCAGAAAACCCGUUCUGGGAAGUCAGACGAACUGAACAAGCCAAACCCUGGAGUGUUCCUCUUCUUGUUCAGUUUUAGUGCACGAGCUGAACAGAAACGCCGCUCGUUGUCGAGAACCAUGUUCGUCUUAUCUACUCGCAUAGUUUGUUAAACAAAUCCGUCGCGCACUUAUAUGACAAACGGCGAUAGACUCCUGACCCUGUUGUACAACCUUCCUAGGGUUGACAAAUAUCAUUAUUGAGCUGUUUAUCAUCGGUCAAGGAAGACCAUAUUAUUUUUCAAGCCCGAGUAUAACCUCAGGAACAAAGAAACUUUAAGGAAUCCGGCAAGAUAUCAUCUUCACAAUGAUUCUGUGCGUUCAAGGCCCAAGAGCUCAUUUGCCUGAUACCUCGGAUCCAACGGGCCGGUUUCCGGUGGUGACUUUCUCUUCUCCUCGCUGCAUUCACACGACCGUUACCUUAUGGGACCCUAGCAAAGAUUUCAGAGCCAUCUCUGAAAAUUUCUCCUAUCUGGAUGCCUCAGGUUGGUACUGGGGUGCCAUCUCUGCCAGUGAGGCCCACUCUGUCCUACAGGGGGCAUCGGAGGGUACUUUCCUGAUACGGGACAGCAGCCACCCUCUCUAUAUGUUGACACUGUCCGUUAAAACCGGUCGCGGGCCUACAAAUGUACGCAUCGAGUACAGUCUCGGACGUUUCCGUCUGGACUCCAGUUCCCCAGCCAGAUCUCGCCUGCAGUCCUUCCCCGACAUCCCCAGCCUCGUGCAGCACUAUGUGGGCUCCAGGAGCAAAGAGGAGGGGGAAAAGACUGAGGAGUCUGAUCCCAUAAUUUCGCCAACACCCAAGGAAUGUGCGGUGUUGCUAAAACUCAAAAAGCCUAUCCAUCGUCCUCAAGCCUUUCCUUCUUUGCAACAUCUCACUCGCUUGGUAAUCAACAAAAACACACAGAGCACAGAGCGCCUGCCUCUACCGAGACCGUUACUUCAGUAUCUUCAGGAUUACCCUUUCCAGCUCUGAUGUCGCCAUGGAAACGCACACCACGGCCAAUCACGAGGUGGAUGCUGAUGUGUUAAAGGAGGCAGUUAAAUGCACAGCCCCAACAAGAGGUUUGGGGUCGAAAAGCAGUGUUAACCACUUGAAGAGUGACUCGUUUCUGGAGCAAGUUUUUGAUGGUCAGCAAAUAGAUACUUUGUUUAUACCCAAGUGGGACUGAGUCAAACCAUGUCCAGAAAUUGACUCAAGAAGAAGCAAGUCGUGACUUAACCUUCAUGUCAUACUGUUAAAAGUGUGACAGGUUAAAUCACAGGCUUGAAGUUAAUGUUCAUGAAACUUUUGUACGGGUCACGUGACCCCUUUAGAAACGGUUUGAAAAGAGAUCACACAGCUUGUCUGAAACUCUGAGCUAACGAGAAGCACAUACGUAGCUUGGUCUUCAGCACUCUAUAAAGGCGAGCUUAGUCACUGCGCUGCCUUGACUGGAAUUGUUUCUUUCCUUGAAAGUGAAAUGCAGUGAAUUUUUUUUUUUUUUUGACUAAAGAUUUACAUAUUUUUUCUAUGCCCACAAUGUGGAGUUUGUAUGUAUUUAUGGAUGAAAAAUCCUUUCAUUUUAUAAUAAAAGUGACAAUCAAAUUUA